CACAUUACCAAAAAACACUUUAUUCGAUAGUGAGCAAAUCUUGUCGGGUAUAUUUAACAGUAUGUACACAAUGAUGGCGGGCGGCAUAGCUUCGUACCACAUUUUGAAAUAUUAAAUUUUUUAUGUAUGCAACGAAAACAAGUAGAAUUAUAUGAAAUUGCAGAUCCGAAUUCAGAAUUUAUUUUCGAACUAGUAAGUAGUGACUGGUGUUAUCAAAAGAACAAACAGUAACGACCUUGGGUUGCUAAUAAUCAUAUGUGCACACUAUGAUGACCAACCCGACUAUAGAUGACGGUCACGCAGCUGAACUCGAUCGUCGCCGGUGUAUCGGCUACACUGUUUAUCUCAAUGGCGUUUGUUUGUUUACUGGCUAUUCGCGAUUGGCUCUGAGCACAUUAGCUGCUCAAAAUUUUCGGUGCGUUCUUUACGCUCCUGAGUCCCAAAAUCUGUGUACUCAUGUCUUUCGUAAACUUAAAUAAUUGUUAUUUUAAAUUAGUAAUAAAUAGUGAAUUAUAAUAAUAUUUUCCCGGUUUAUAUAAACGUUGACCGUUUUUUUUUUUUUUGUAUGUCCCCGUUAUCUUCGACCACCGACACCGUUCCGGGGUUUUUUUUGUUUUCGAUUUCCGUCCACUGUCUUCCUCAACGGUCGUGUGCAACAACAGUAAUAAGUGCCAUCACCGGGAUAUCUGUUUCUUCUUUGUCGGUCUCGCGUAUGUAUUGUUGACGGUAAAAACGUGUGAUCGCCUGUUGACCCGCGCUUUUUGGGUGCUCCAAACGCACCGGCAACGCCAGUGUAACCUUAACAAUCGAGCCCGCCGCGGGACGUAUUCAACUACACCGCAAUGUCUAUAACACCUUUCAAAAAACGUGUCUGUUACUAUUACGACAGUGAGUAUUAUACCACGAUAGAAAUAUUAAACUUGAUUGUCGUUGGCUGACAGCUUGGUCCGUUGAGUUUACGAUGGCUAUCCAACACUAGCUAGUAACAGCUUUAGCGCAUUGUGAUCAGUGUCUUUCCGUAGAAUUUGAUUACAUUUUAUCAAUCUUCGUCACAACAAAACUUGAAGUUAUGUAGGUACUGUCAUAUUCCUUUUUUUCGCUGACCAUUUUCGGUCUUACCAGCUACCCACUGUUGACUGAUUAACAUUUGAGUAACUAAUGUGUAACAAAUAAUUACUCUGAUAAUCUGAAACUGGAUUCCUAAACAAAUUUUAUUAAACAUUGAGAUUAAGAAAUAUGGUUAUUCAGUAUCAAAUGAUUUUAAUUUAUUAUGUAUGUCGUUAGGCAUCACAUGAUAAGUUCCUAGUUAUUAUUUCCAUAACUGUUUAUACAUCUUAAUUCAGUAUAAUCCUUUUGUUUUUAUGUUUUUGUGACAUUAAAUAGCCUAUAAAUUGCCCAUAGUUUUUGUCUAAAUAAGUUUUCACAACAUAAUAAACCAUGGAUAAACUAGUUGUAUCACUUAAGAAAGAAAAAAAACUAUAACGUCCAGCUUGUUAAAUUUGAAGUUUUAAAUGUACACAUUGUAUUAUUAUUAUUAUUAUUAAGCAUUUAGAUGAAAAAUAGUUUUUAAUUUUAAAAUGAAUUAUAAAAUUAAAUAAUUAUUGUUAUGAUAGAGCCUAUGGUUUUGUUUCUGUAUGGAAAUGAUAAUCUGAUAAUCUUUCUAGUUAAAGCAAUUUUUAUUAAAAUUAAAUGAUGUAAAUAGACAUUUUGUUUCAAAUUAAACAUUUCUAUAGAUAACAAAUAAACUCUAAUAUAAUUAAUAAAAUAAAUGUGAUUUCUAAAAUAUUUUAAGUUAGGUACAAGUUUUUAGAUAAGCUUCUCAUUUUUUGAUAGAAUACCAAAGACAAACUAAUAUUAAAGGUACUAUAUUAAUAUUUAAAAUUGAAAAGUAAUGGUAGAUAAACCUAAUAUUAUUGUUUUUCCAAUUUUCAGAAAAGGUGUGUGUUAUACCUACCUACUUAAAGUAGGUAAAAGUAAAUUUAUCCAUGUUAAAUUAAAUGAUUAUUAUUUUUACUGCCUAAAAAAAAAUUAACAAGGGAAUAAUUGCAGUUACCCUACCAAGCAAUUUUUUUCAAUUAAUUUUUUUGAACCAUAAGUAAAUUAAUGUUUUAAAAAUGGUAGCACAAAAUAAAAAUUGGAACUGACAAAUAAUUUCAAAGUUAGAGUCAUUUAAAGUUUGUUGAUUUUACAGUUAUGUUUAAAUAGCAUACAUUCAUAAUUGCAACAAAAUUAUAUUGUUGCACAAUGGUCAAUGGUCGCCUGUGGGAAGAUUGCAGUACCAGGUUUGAACCCCCAGAAUGAUCAACAUAACUUAUUCACUUUUUUUUUUUAUACAAAAAUAACCCUCAAUUUGUUGCGAAAAACUAUAUGUCGGGUAGGAAACACUAGAAAAAUAAUAAAAAAUUAUAUUUACAAUAUUUAUAUUUGUCUAUCUGAUAUUUAACCCUAACUCUAAAAUCGAAAAACUUUGAAACUAUUGAUCAGCCCUAAUUUUGUUUACACAAUCAUUUUUAAAACGUUAGUUUACCUAUGAUUCAAAGAAAAAAAAUCGAAAAAAUCGUUAGGUAGCUAAACUGCAAUUAUGCCAAAUCUAAUUACGAUCAGAAAAUAGUUUUGACAGUAUCAUGAAAUUUACUUUUUAUUCGGUUUCACGUUGAUUGGUGAAGAAAUUCUCACACCUCAAUGCCCUAUUUUUAGUGAAAUAUACUGUCCAAUGAAGCUAUGGUACCAAGUAAGUUAAAAAAACACCUACUUACAAAAUAUGGUUUUGUGGCUAAAAAGUCUCAUUAAUUAUUUCAACAUAUUAGCCUAACUAAUGCUUUAUACUAAAAAAUAUAUGUGGAAGUCAUUGUUAGGUGUGCUAUGGCUAAAUGCAGUUUGAGAUAUGUGUGCUGUGAGAUUAUUAGGUUAGGAAAAUUGUUGCAAUACAAUUUCUAUUGUAUCAAUAUCCUUUUAUAAUUAUACAUUUAAUAUGCAUUGUUAUUUGAGAAUAUGUAAAUUUUGGAUUUAUUUGUCCCUAUAUUGACCAGUCAUAACAUUUUUGGACAUCAUGUUAAAUCCAUACAAAUUAUCUUUAAUAUCAUAAACUCAUUAGUUUAUAAGAUAAUCAACCAUUAGUGGUCAGUUAUUGGCCAUAAACUUCAUUUUAAAAUCAGAUAAAUGAAAUUGUUCAUGUUCAUGAGAUCAGUCCUAAAUGUGUAUUUAUUUAUUUUUUUUAAUAUAUUAUUUGUAUGUUAUAGGUGAUAUAGGAAAUUAUUAUUAUGGACAAGGUCAUCCUAUGAAACCUCACAGAAUUCGAAUGACUCAUAAUUUACUUUUAAAUUAUGGUUUAUAUAGAAAAAUGGAAAUAUAUGUAAGUCAUAUUUAGUACGAAUAAUUUAUGUUUUUAUACAUUUUUUAAUAAAAUCAAUGUCUGUGAUUUAGAGACCUCAUAAAGCAACUGCUGAAGAAAUGACCAAAUUUCACAGUGAUGAAUAUAUAAGGUUCCUUCGAAGUAUUCGUCCUGAUAAUAUGAACGACUAUAAUAAACAAAUGCAGAGAUGUAAUUUUCUUUUACUAAAAUUAAGUAUCAUUGAAUAUAUAAAUGAAUAAUAUUUGAUUUAUUAUUGUUUUAGUUAAUGUUGGUGAAGACUGUCCAGUUUUUGAUGGUUUGUAUGAAUUUUGUCAGCUUUCUGCAGGUGGUUCAGUAGCUGCUGCUGUAAAGUUGAAUAAGCAAUCUGCAGAUAUCUGUAUUAAUUGGGGAGGUGGUCUUCAUCAUGCAAAAAAAUCUGAGGCCAGUGGUUUUUGCUAUGUUAAUGACAUUGUACUUGGUAUAUUAGAAUUGCUUAAAUAUCAUCAACGAGUAUUAUACAUUGAUAUUGAUGUUCAUCAUGGAGACGGUGUUGAAGAAGCAUUUUACACUACUGAUAGAGUAAUGACAGUUUCAUUUCACAAAUAUGGUGAAUAUUUUCCUGGCACUGGUGAUCUCCGAGUAAGUUUAUUUUUGCAAUUUUAAUCAUUAACUUUAAAAUGGAGAGUAUAUUUUAUAAAUAAUAUAUCAAUUAUAAAAAGAACAAAACAAAGUCUAAAGUAUUAGGGUCGUUAUUGUGUAUAUACAACUUAAAAUAUAUAUUUUUUAGGGUGGUCCUUAACCUAUAGGUGUUAAAAAUAAAUGUUUAAUAUUUGAAUUCACAGGCUCGGAAUUCUGUUUGAUACAUUGUAAAAAUAAUUUUUGUACAUUUUUGGUAUGAUAAGGCAAGCCCUUUACAUGACUCAAAAGAGUUGAAGUUAGUAAAAAAGGUAUAGUUUUUACAUUCAUUUUUUUAAAAAAAUUUGAACAUGCACAAAAUGUAUCAUAAUUUGUAUUAUAGUAAUAAAAAGUUUCCUACAUAAUAGCUUUCUUUAACUCUCUAGUGAAACUUACCAUUAUAUGUGAAAAAUUAUAUGUCAAAGUUGGUAGAUUUGAAAUUUUAUAUGAUCUUGCAUUUUCUAUUACAAAUCUACCAACUUUUAAAUUGAUUUUUCACCUAUAAUGGUAAGUUUUACUGGAAUGUUAAAGAGAGCUAUUUCAUAAGAAAUCCUUUUUACUAUAAUUAAGUGUGUUAAUUUUUUUGAAUGUUAAAAAUUAAAAAAGUUAACUUAAAAAAUCCAUAACAUCCCUUUUUUACAAACUAAUCUUUUUGAGGCACGUGAAGGGGUUGACUUGCCAUACCCAAAAUUUGUCCCUGUAGCAUAAAAUUAUUGAAGUUUAAAAAUAAGGACCAUCGCAAUAUUUAUAUUUUGAUUUAAAAAAAAUUGUCAUCACAUAAUAGACACUGCAAUGGAGAAAAUAUAAUAUGUGACUGAACAUAAAACCAUUGAGAGGAAUACAUAGAGAACAAAUUACUAUUUUUUACACAGAGAGUAAACCAAUUUUAAUUAACCCUUGAAAUUGUAAAAUGACAUGUUGUGACAUAGAUUAAUUUAGUUUGAUUUAUUAUUUAAAAAUGGUAUAGAAUAUUCUUAAAAAUCUGAAAGUUUAAAAUAUUGAUAAACCUAUUUUCUUUAACUUAAUUAUAAAUAUGCAACUCUUCCAAUACAAAAUUAAUGUAAAUUUCUUGGUUAUUCAAAAUUAAAAGUAUGCUUAUUUUGAAAAACAUGCUUUGCAAAAUUAAGACUGGAAGAAGCAUUCUUUAAUUUUAUUUCAGAGAUAAUAUGCCAUUUGUAUCUGGGUUAAAAAAAUCCUAUUAGUUUUACUGAUGUAAAAUUUAUUACAAUUAAAUUUAAGUUUAUCAGAAGUAAGAGUUAUUUAUGUGAAGUCCCUAACACUAUAAUUUCUUUUUUCAUUAAAUUAUUAUUAAUUGCAAAAACAACUAACAUAAUCAUUAUUAAGAAUUUUUGGGGAUUUAUUUGAAAUGUUUUAUACUUAACCAUUAACAAUAUUAUUUAGUAGGGUUCUGCACUAUGUUAACUUUUACAAAAUCAUGUAUUUUUCUAAUGGUACAGGGGUUUCUUAAGGUUUUGCUGAUUAUAAUAAGUAUUAAUUAAUUGUUAGGGGGAAAUUUUAAAGUACUAAUAUACUAGUGAAAUCUAAAAAUUGCAUAUCAGAUUUUAAAUAGUUGGCCAAGCAUUUAAUAUUCUAUCAAAAGUAGCUUACAGAGCACUUAAAAAAAAAAAAAACUGAAAUAAAUUGUACGUUAUUUACUUUAUAUUAAUAAAAAAAAAAACAAUUUUUUAAAUACCAUGCUCAUAAAACAAACUAAAAAAUAAAUAACAAUGAAAAUGGUAAUACAAAUAUUUUUUGGUGUAUAUACAGGGUAAUUCACUAAGUAUGCUCACCCCAUAUUUUUUGGUUAAAUUUAGCAUAUAUUCUGAUUUUUGGAAAUUUUAAGUGUAGUUAAAGCUGAUUUUUCAAAUACUCACAACACAAUUUUUCACAAUAUUUAAGGAGUAUCCUGUGUUGAUACCAUUUUCAAUUUUUAAAACCUAUAUUAAAAAUUUCAUAAAUAGAUAUAGUAUUACUUUAAAUAAAUUUUGGUGUUAAAAUUAUUGAUUACUGUAAAUCUGUUGACAAGAUAAUUCACUUUUAAGUCUAGGUAGGGGAAGAGUCGUAGAGCACUUAUAAGUUGCACGCCGUGACGCCACACAAAUUUAAAAGUGGAACAUCUCAUUAACGGGUUUUGAAAAUUAUUAGAAAAUAUUGGCUCUAACACAGAUCCUUAAAAAUCUGAAUUUGAAUAUAUGCAAAAUUUAACCUAAAAAAUGGGAUUAGCACGCUUAGUGAAUCAGCUUGUAUACAAUUAUAACAUUGAAAUUGAAUAAGAGUAUAGUAAAUGAUUAAGUACAUAAGUAUGUAAACAUGAAGAGGUUUUCUUGUAUUGGAGGACUGAUUUAAUUUUGUGACCCAAUGGGUGGUUGUGAUAUGUUAUUUUAUUCUUUUUUUUUUUAUUAUUAUUUCACAUCGUGGUAUACAUCUGCCUGAAAAUAUUUUUUCUACUAUUUUCCAUUACUAUUUACUUUUUUAAGUUAAUGAUAGUAAACAAUUUUUGUUUUAUUAUUUAUAUUAUUGCUUCAGUAAAUCUAAUCAUCUAUAUUUAUCUAUUUAUUACGUUUUUGAUGCCAUGAUUAAAUGAUUUUUAGUCAUAUCUCAUUUUUACACCCCUUCGGAAAAAUGGAAAAUCUGACCAUGGAUUAUUUAUAGUGGAGAAUAUAAAACAAGUUUUAUGAGGCAUUUUUUGAUAUUUUAAAAAGAUUUCCCAAUAGUCAUAUUGGGUGACAACCAUUAUUCCAUCCCUUUUGAAAAUGGAAAAUCGGAUUAAUAAUUAUUAUAUUGCCAUCAAAAAUAAGAGCACAUGUCAUACAAAAUUUCAAGUAGAUCAGACCACUGGAAGUGAGUCAAAAAUUGAUCACAAGUUUUAGUUUUCAUCACAUAUCUUAGCGAGUAAGUUAAUAAAAAAACAUAAUAAAAUUGGUUGAAUGGUUUCAAUUUUUUACUUAUUGUUUUCAGAAAAUGGUUGAAAUUUGAAAUAAUUUGAAUAAUUAUAUUAUUUGAACUUUGUACCCAUUGCGAAAACUAUACAUUUAUCUUAACAUAAUCUACAAAAAAUCAUUUGCUACAAAUUCAUAGUCCUAUUAGUUAUUAAUCUAGUAUAAUGUGAUUUAAAAAUGUAUUUUAUUAUUUAAUUUGUAGCUACUAAAAUUAAAUCAAAAACAAAAUCUAAAAUUAUUCAUACUAGUACAAUUACAUAUUAUUAAUCUGUAUACUGAACAAGUACUAAAAUAAUACAAAUAAGUACAUUUUAAAAAUAAUAUGAUUUACACAUGGUAAAUGUUUAAUUAUGUUAAUUAUAUAAAAAAUAUGUUGUUUAUCAUUGAUAUUUACUAAAUAAUAGUGGUUCUCCUUAUUCGGGUAAAGGUCAGGAAAGGGUAAAGAUAGUUAUUUUAUAUUUUUUUUUAUUAAAUUAUUAAUCUCAUUUAUAAGAAUAACAGAAUACAUUAUAAAAUGUAAUUUAGUAGCUAUUAGUUAUGCAUAGACAUUUUUAAUGUGAUCUCAAAACUAACGUAUUUGAUUUUGAGUUCAGUGAUUAAUUUAUUGGUUUACUAUUUUUUUUUUUUUAUCCUGUUUUAAACAACUUUUCUUCUCGAAAUUGUGUUCCAAUUAUCCACUUUAACAGUUAUUUUACCAUGUAACAUGAAAAAUAUAUACAGCAAAUAUGUGUUUAUCGUAUGGAAUAGAUAAACAUAUAUUUUAUUCGAAGAAUUACCCAUUGCUAGUAUACAUAUUUCCCACCUGUCUGGUAAUUUAUAAAUGCCUGCCAAAAAAACUGUUGCUCUUUUGAGGCAACCCAGUCAUUGAGUCAUUUUUAUACAUUUUCAUAUGACAUAUGAAGUACUCCUCAGCAAAUGCAUGUCCCAUCGAUACAAAUUAAUAGUAAUCAGAAUCAGACGGGAGGCAAGUCUGUGAUGGUGCAUUAAUCAUGAAGAAAAAUCAUUUGUCUUCUCUGAAAUUCUGGUUUCAGGCAAAGCCAUAUUUAAAUCUCAUUUGUUGUUAGUGCUGAGUAUUAAUAGUUUUAGCAGCUCAUAAUAGAUCACACCCUUCUGAUUCCACCAAAUAUAGAGCAUUUUCUUCCAUCCAAUAUUUUCGGUAGUAUCCCAUGUUCUCAAAAUCACCUUUUUUAAAUUUUUUAAGCACUGUGAUUUUCCAAGAGCAUGCAUGCUACUGCAUUCUAUUGCAGUUUUUUUCAAAUAGUAAUAGAAAAUUAAUGUUAUACGCAAAUUGUAAUUUCCGGGCACAAAAUUUGACAUGUUCAAUACUAUUAUAAACUACGCAGUUGUAUGAAACUUGUAUUGUUAUGAGUUAAAUAUCUUUUGUUAGAGCUUAACAUGAAAAUAACAUCAAUUAUGUGGUUUAGAAAUAACUACAUUGAUAGCUAGAAGUAUUUAUAUGCAAAUUCCGGUUUCAUAUUUACAGAUCUGGUAGAUGUGGUUACUGGUAGCCAGUUUUGUUUGUUGGCCCAUUUGGGAAAAUUUACGGCAAUAACAGAUUUUUUAUUUUUAGUUUUGUUUUGUAGAAACCUAAAUUUUUAACCAAAUACUAAUCUUCUUUAAAUUAACACUUUCUAGAUGUAGCAAACAUUUUACCCAUUAUUGUUUUAUUUAAAGAUAUUUGUAAUUUUUGGAUAAAGUUAUUUUGGCCAAGUAACACAAUGUUUAUCGUAAGUUGUGAGUAGGUACUUAGUGAACUAAACCAAAAAAAGAAGAGUUGAUAUAAAUUUGGUUAUUCAUGUUUUUAAAGGUCAUAACAUUUACGAUUUUCAUCAAAAUGUGUUAUUAAAAUUUAUUUAAAAAAAUAAUAAUAAUAAGUACAAUCAUACUCAAUUUUUUUUUUUGACCCUUAAAUAAAAUCUGAUUGAUGACUAUGAACCUCCGAUUAAAUUGUCAAGCAUUUCUAUUUUUUAUAUAAUUAAACAAUUUUAUCCACAGAGUACUUAACAAAUGAAAAUUAUGUGAAAAUCUUACAAAAUAAAAAUGGCCCAAAUAUUUUUUUAAAAUUUUACUACUUCUAGAAAAGGGAAAUAUAAAUUUUCUGUGAAAUAUUUUUAUAAGUUUCGGUAUUGUUCAGUUCUUAAUCAAAAACUACUUUCUUUACUCACCAAUUAGAUUAAAAAUACAUAAAAGAUCUCUUGGAGGUUUUUUGACUGGAGUAAUAUUUAUAUUUCUGAUAGAAAAUUUUGAGCAUACAAAUUUAAAAUAACGAAAUUGUAAGUUAGUCGUAAAAUUGUUCCUUUUCAUGUUUUGUCUUUUUGGUUUUUCAAAAUUAUUAUGAAAACUCUUGGAAAACCAAAAGAAGAUUUUCUUUGCAAGAAAUGGAAUCUAAAAUGCAACAAAAAAUUUCUCAGUAUUAUUUCUGUUAACAAAUAUUAAAAACAAUGAAAUUAUUAUUUUGUUGUUUUUCCGAUAAUGAUUUUCCAAUUAUUUAGUUAAUAUAAAAACCCCUUGGAAAAUAAAAAAAAAUCACCACCCCUAUUCACCUACUAGAUUAAAUUUCUUUUCAAAAAAGGUGCUACACUUAAUACAUUGGAACAUGAUUUUUGGUUGAAAAGUUGCUCAAAAAUAUAUAUAUAUAUAUAUAUAAAAAAAAAACUAUUGUAAAACCUACAGAUCCUCCAUUGCUAUGCUCUGAAUCUAAAAGUUUAGUGUUCAAAUUUCAAAAGAAUCUUUUUCAUAAUUAAUGAUAACUGCUUAUGUACAAUAUUAAUUAAAUGUUUCUAUGGACUGUACCUUUAACCUACAACAAUGGCAUACCUAUCAUCAGUAUCAGUUUUUUUUUAAAAAAUUUAUAGUGUCAAUUUCUUUUGGAUUAUUAUUUAUUUCUGUAAACCUAAUCAUAAUUUGUUAUUAAAAUACUUGGUGUUUGUACUUUAACAUUACAAUCGCAAUUUUCAAUUGUUUUUUUAUUUUUUUUUUGAAAAGAGGUCUUUCUCAAAAUUAAUUCUGAAAAUAUUUGAAUUUUUAAAACUCAAAGACUAGUUUAUUUUAUUUAUCUAUUCUUUUAAAAGUGAUUUGAAAUUUGUCUUUUUUGUUAUGUGAUUUUGCAAGUUCAACAUGUGCUUAUUAUAGUAUUAUUAGGUACUAACCUGAAGGAACCUUGCAAUAGUAUCAGAUUAGGUCAGCAUUAUUAAUUUUCCUAUCCCCCCCCCACAAGGCUAGCAAUUAGCACUCACCUGUACACAUAUUCCAAAACGUUUUUUUGUCAUCAUUUUUACAAUGGCUUCUACAAAAUAUUUUGAAAAUAUUGAGGAGCGUGGUAAAGUGCUCUUAUUUUCUAUAGUUUGUUUAAAUGAUAUAUUAUUUAACUAAUAAACAGAAUUUUUAGCAAUAGUAUUUACUUUGUUUUGUUUUUUUUUUUUCAGUAAUAUUUUAUUGAUGAAAUUAAUGGUAUUUAAUUUUAAGGGGCAACUAAUAUUAAAAAUUAUACGUAGAAAUUAAAAUUACAAAAUUGAAAAAAAUAUACAUUUUGCACAUUGUGACAUUUCAAAAAGAAAGUUCCUUUUUAUGUAAAAACACGGCUGUUAAAGAAUCUGUAGAAUUUUUUUUGUAAGAAUUGAAUUUGAUAAUUUUGCAUACGCUUUAUGUUAUUUUAUUAAGCAUCAUGAAGAGUAAAUCCACAUGGUCUCAUAUAAACUAUCUUUGUUAAUAAAUUAACUGUUGCAUGUAAUUUACUCCUUUGGUCACAUUUCUUAAAAAAAAAAUGUGUAUUUUUUUAUAUUACUUUGUUGUUUAAUUAAAAUAAUAGAAUCUUAUAUUUAAAUUAUUUUCAGGUAUUAGUGUUAAAUUAGCAUUCAAAAUAUAUAGCUACAGUAAACUAUUAAUUUUUUUGAUUUUAGGACAUUGGUGCAGGAAAAGGAAAGUACUAUGCAGUAAAUAUUCCUCUAAGAGAUGGAAUGGAUGAUGAAAGUUAUGAAUCAAUAUUUGUACCUAUAAUAACUAAAGUAAUGGAGACCUUUCAACCUAGUGCAGUUGUUUUGCAAUGUGGUGCAGAUUCUCUUACAGGAGAUAGACUGGGAUGUUUUAAUUUAACUGUUAAAGGUAAGUUGUUUUAUUUGACUACAUUUUGAUUAAACUAAAUAAUUACUGAAGAGUUCAAUAAUUUGUAAUUAAUAAUUCAUAUUUUAGGUCACGGUAAGUGUGUUGAGUUUGUGAAACGUUAUGGUUUACCAUUUUUAAUGGUUGGUGGUGGUGGUUAUACUAUCAGAAAUGUAUCUCGGUGUUGGACAUAUGAAACAGCUGUAGCCUUGGGAGCUGAGAUAGCUAAUGAAUUGCCAUACAAUGAUUACUUUGAAUACUUUGGACCCGACUUUAAACUUCAUAUCAGCCCUUCAAACAUGACAAAUACAAAUGCUACUGAAUACUUGGAAAAGAUUAAAAACAGACUUUUUGAAAAUUUAAGAAUGUUACCUCAUGCACCGGGUGUUCAAAUCCAAGGUGAAUUGAUAUAAAAUAAUUUAAUUAAUUUGAAUAUACUUUCUAAUUACGUUAUAGUCAAAUUUUCCAUUAAAUACUUUUUGGAAUCAUCUAUAUUCUAAAAUAUUUUAUUGUCCUUAUUUUUUUACUAUUCGUUUGUCAGGUGCUGUACUGCCACACAAAAUAUGAUAUGCUUCAAUACUAUGUGCAUUAACCACAAAAUGGCAAACUUAAAAAUGUAUACACCAAAAUUUAUUAAAACUAAGACUUCAUUUAUUUAUGCAAUUUUUAAUAUAGUUUUCCAUUUGAAAAUUAAAAGUUAGUAAUUGUUUCACCUCCUAAAUGUAAGAAAGAAAAAUAUAAGGAUAAUUUUAGAAAAUAUAAUUCCAAAAAGUUUUUAUUUAAGACAUUUUGAAAAUAUAAAUAUUUAAUUUGAAAUUUGAAAGACUAUUACAUUUAUUUUAUAUAAAUACAUUUGAAUUUUAAAUAAAUAAUUAUAUAAUGUUUAAUAAUAUUAUUAGCUAUUCCUGAAGACGGUAUACGUCAGGAGUCUGAAGAUGAAGACAAUGUUAAUCCAGAUGAAAGGAACCCACAGUCUAUUACAGAUAAACGAAUCGCACCAGACAAUGAAUUUAGUGAUAGUGAAGAUGAAGGAAUGGCACCCGGAGUCGGGGGUGGUGGGCGAAAAGAUAACAGGUAGGGUAACAAUUUCUUUUUACUAUUAGUUAUAUUAAUUAUGAUUUUCAUGAUUGUAGAUCUUAUAAAACAGUUGCACCCUCCAGAAAACAACCACGUUUGGAUUCUAAUCGAAUGGAAGUUGAUGAACCUGAAUUUAACAUUUUAAAAGGUAUUAGUAAAAUUAAUUUAUAAUAUAUAUGUUAACUUACGGUUAAUGAGAUGAGACAAGGGUGUGAGUGCUACUAUAGUAAAUUUGUUGUUAAACAGUUAAGAGUUUACAUUAAAUACUUUCUAAGUCUAAACAUAUCGUGUUUUAAGUAUUUGAAUUAAGAUUAGCUUUAGAUAAUAAAUUUGUAUUUAGUGAAGGUUUUCUUCGUAUAUGCCUUAAAUAUUUUUCUAUAAUCUUUCUUUUUUAUUAUGUAGCAUAUUGUUUUCCUAUUGUUUCUAAUAAAUUGUAUAUGUUAUUAAUUUAUUUCCUUAUUCAAAAUUAUAAAUAAAUAUACCGUUUAUAUACAAGGUGACUUAUAAAACAUGUUCAUCCCAUUUUUAGGGGUGAAUUAUACAUUUAUGCAAAUUCUGAUUUUGGGAACUUUUAGGUUUAGUGAAAGACAAUUUACGAUUAAUGCUUAAUGAAUCAACUUGUAUAUCUAUUAAAUUUUAAAAUUUAAAUAAUUUACUAAUAAAGAAACUACCUAUCAUGUUUAUUAUUAUACUUGUAUUUUGUAAUAGACUUUUGAAAAUACAAUAUAAAUAACAUAAUUGAUUAAUAAUAAAUUAACUGUUUAUCAAAUAUUGAUAAUUCAAUAUCUAAAAUAUCCAGAAUAUCAAUGUUUAGUAAUCAUGAUAACCAUUGUGAUUUCUGCAGUUGUCAAUUCCACAAGAGAAAGGUACCGUUUCGCACACAGUGUGACAGUGAAUGUUCAUUGCACCAUUCAAUUCCCUCCACAUAACUGGCAUAGUUUACAAUGACAAGUUAUACAUGUUAAAACGAUUAACUAUUAUUGUGUGAUACAUUCACAACAGCUUGCUUAGUCAUCUAUGUUCGAUCAAUUUUAAUUAUGUUAUAUAUGUUACAAUUUUGUCUACUCUUUUAUUAAAAGUGGCAUUAACUACAUUAUAACUCACUGCAAGCAUGGAUUUCACCUUGGGAAAUCAGCAAUUACAAGCAGCUUAGUCUUGUCCACUUAUAUUUUAGACAGUCUUGAAGUCAAAUCCCAAGUCGAUGCCAUUCACUAACUUCUGCAAAGUCUUGACACUGUCGACCAUGACUUUUGUGAAUCCUUAACAAUCUGGGUAAUGACGAUCCACUCCAUUUUUGGCUGUUAUUCUACCUUAGCUUUAGAAGAGAGUUUGUUUUCAUUGAUGGAACACUUUCAGCAUUCCUCAAGGUGGCUACCUCAGUUUCCUACUAUUCUUCCUCUACUUCAACUCUUCCUUGACUUCCUCUCACAUGCUAAGUUUUUCUCUUUGCCAACGACAUCAAGUUAUUUCUAAAAAUUGCCUCUUUCUGACUGUCUCCUUGUUCAGUCUAAUCUUAAUUAUUUUUGUGACAGGGUAAAACAUCUUAAUCUUCUCAGUAUAAAUAAAUGUCAUACUAUUUUUCUCUCUCCUUUCUCAUUCCUAUUCUGUUAACGGCUUUCGUAUCACCCGUGUUGACCUAAUUAAUGACCUAGGUAUUUUCUUCUCCUGCAUUCUUUUCUUUGAGCACCAUAUAAACAGGAUGUAAAGCCCUCAAGGUACUCAGUUUUAUUAAACUAAAUAUGAUUAAUUUCUCUUCUGUCUCUUGUCUUUGCAUCUUUUACAUCUCUCUGGUUCGCAAUGGGUUGUGAUCUGGUAUGCCUAUUUUUCCCGUGAUAUGCAGUGAAUUGAGAGAGUUCAAAAUAGAUUCUUAUCAUACACUGCUUUCCUCUUUAAAUUCCUCCAACACUACUACUUUCUCAUUCUCCCAUCUCAAUCACCAAAUCCUAGCCUCAUGUAGAGUCCAAACCGACAACUCUUUCAUUACAUCCUUCCUUAAUGGUGAUGCCAUUAAUUUUCGUGAUCUCUUUUCUUCCAUCUCCUUCCGUCUCCCCUCUCAUAGCUCAAGAAACCACUCUUUUCUUAAUUCACCACCAUCGCACUUCAUAAUAUGGCCAAAACCAUCCCUUGCAUAGAAUGUUAGGGCAACUAAACAAGUUUAACCACGGUCAUAUUUUUUCUUAAAUUAUCACGUGUUAACAAUGUACUUGCUUGGUGUCAUCAAAAUUAUUGUGUUCAUCACUUGUACUUAAAAUAUUGCCUGCUUAAAUGUUAUAAAAUAAAAUAAAUUACUAUUACUAGUAAUUUUAUAAAAUUAAAUUUUAAAUAAAAAAAUUAUAUAUAUAAACGACAGCAUAAAAACGACAAUGUUAACUUUCUGCAUAUCAGGUAUAAACAAUUUUAGUCGCCAGCCAGUACUCUUCUCUUGUGGAAUGGAUUAUAGUAUUAUUCGGGUAUGUUCUAUUUGAGCUAUUUUUCUAUGAAUGAUAAUUCUAUAUCAAUUUGCUAUAAAAUAGUUUAUAGACUGUAAAUAGGAAAUAUUAAAAUGAGGUGUUAUAUCAAAUGAGCAUGUAACUGCUGAAUUAUUAGAAUAGGUACCUUUUUUACAAUAUGCUAUAAUUUUUAGUUAGUGAACUUGUACUUCACUACUCUCAUAUUAAAAUUAAACCAUUUUGGAAAUCUAAAAAAUUAAAAAUUUAGUGUUUAAUAAUUGUAGGUUAAAUCUAUACGUGCAUUAUUGAACAUGAUAUUAUUUGGUUAUUUGAAUUUCUUUAUAAAAAUGUUUAUGUUUUUUUUUUUCUACAAACCUUUUUCUUCAUGUAUGCCUUAUGUGGGUCGUGAAUAAUGUACGCCUAAAAAAGUGUGUUGUGAAUCCAAAAUGGUUGAAGACUACUGGUCUAGAUAAUACUUUUGAGACGUAAUUUUUUGAUUUUCGAUGCCAUUUUUUAAGUAAAAGCACUUAAGUAUGAAAAAAGAGGUAAAUGUACAAUUUCACGAUUUCAUUAUUUUCUAAAAACACGGACGACGCUUUCUACCAGAAAAACUGAUUUCAUUAAAAAAUCACAUGACAUCUUUUUUGUUGUCUUUUUGAUUUACUUUCUUACGGUAUCAUCACUUAAACUUGAGCUUUAAAGCAAUUUAAAUUUUUGGUAGUUUUUUUUGUUGCAAUUCGGUUAUAAAUACUCAUAGACUUGAAACUUUGUAUUAAUACUUGUAUUGGACUUAUUUAGAUGUGGUAAAAUUUCCAAAAUCAUCGGAUGACUUUUUUUUAAUAAGAGUUUGGAAAUCAAAUUUAAUUAAAAAUUGCAAAAAUUAUUUAUUACCGAACUGUGCUCAGAAUCGUUUUUCCUCAAACAAUGGUUUAUCGUUGCUUGCUUACAGAUAUGAAAUAACCUAAUGUAUCCUACCUUUCCAACUUCUCACUUAUAACAGUGGCUACUCCCAUCCCCUGUAUCAGCUCUUUUUUUUAAUGUUAAUGCUUUUAUUAUUUGAUUUCAGAUGAUAAAGAAGAUAAAUCUGUUAGUUCUGACGAUUCAAAUAAAAAAGACUCUGUCAAGUCGUGAAUAUACGAAUAAUUACAUAAUAUAACAAAUAUGUAUAUAAUUGAAAAACAAGAUAUUUAAAAUAUCAAAUGAUUUUUUGACAUUAUUUUUACUGUCAUUAAUUUGUGUACAUAAAUUUAAAAAAAAAAUAAAAAAAAAUAGGGCGGUAUAAUGUAUUUUAGUAAAUUAUCUAAUAUAUAUAGUUACUAAAUGUGGUUUUUGAUUGUUAACUCUAAUAAUAACGUUCUUUAUAAGUUAAAAAUCUAGUAAGCUGCAAUAAUACACUAAAAAAAUAUAUAUGAAAUUAUAUUUUUUCACGACAUUCAAAUUGUUUGUAUUUAGAUGUCAAUUUAUUUGUAUCUUAUUGUUAAGAAUUAUAUAAUCGGUUUUUGAAUAUUUAGCAGCUGAAGUAUUUUUAAACUAAUGGAGUUGUUGAAAUGUUUACAACAAUCACAUUUUAUGAUACGUGGUUAUUAUAGUUAACGAUUAUAUUAUAUUGUAAAAUAUAUAAUAAUUUUCUUUUUGAAAGUAUUUUCGUCCUUAUGCAUUUUUAGUUUGAAUUUGAUAAAUAUGUGUUACAAACUAACAUAUCUUUAUUUCUGAGAAAUAAAAUUUAUUUUGAAAUAUCUGUUUUUAUAUUUUGUGCUUGGUUUAAACACUAAAAGAUAAUCAAGUCAGUUUUUUAUGAAUUAGCUAUAAUUCUAACAAUUUUUUUUUAUUCAUCAAAUGUGUAAUAAUUCAAAUUUAUUAGUUUUAUUAUUAAAUAAUAAGGCUUAAUGUAAGGUAACUUUAAUUUUGAUCCUAAUUAUGUAUUUUAUUUUGUACUAUUAAAUAACUAUAUAUAUGAGUAUAAAUAUAUAUAUAUUUUUUUUGUAUAAAACAAAACAAUAAAUAUUAU